UUUACCCGGACGUAUCUUUAGGGUGCAGACCCCGAGAGCGCCUGCGGGAGCGGGCCAGCCAACCAGCGCCCAAACUUCGGGGCAAAUGACUCCCGUCUGCCCUCGCCCGGCUCUCGGCUACCAUUUCUUUCCGUGUUUGCUCCGCUCAGUGUUUAAAGACGCGCGCAGCGCAGCGCCGAGAGCAGAGGCCGCGGGGCCGCCCCGGCCGCUGUCCAGCACUCGCAGCCUGAGUCGGGGCUGCCGCGGCGCCAGACUCAUUCAGAGUCCACUUGUUCCCUCUUUUCUCUCGUUCUGCUCUGCCAUGCCCUGCUCUGAAGCGACACCCACCAUCUCCCCCAGCAAGCGGGCUCGGCCUGCGGAGGACGCCAUGCGGCUCCGCUUUGUCCGGCUCUCGGAGCACGCCACCGCCCCGAGCAAGGGGUCCGCGCGGGCUGCGGGCUACGACCUGUACAGUGCCUAUGAUUAUACAGUACCACCUAUGGAAAAAGUCCUUGUGAAAACGGACAUUCAGAUAGCUCUUCCUUCUGGGUGCUAUGGAAGAGUAGCUCCCCGUUCUGGCUUGGCUGCGAAACACUUCAUAGAUGUAGGAGCUGGCGUCAUAGAUGAAGAUUAUAGAGGAAAUGUGGGUGUUGUACUAUUUAAUUUUGGCAAAGAAAAGUUUGAAGUGAAAAAGGGUGAUCGAAUUGCACAGCUCAUUUGUGAACGGAUUUUUUAUCCAGAAAUAGAGGAAGUUCAGGUUUUGGAUGACACUGAAAGAGGUUCAGGAGGUUUUGGUUCUACUGGGAAGAAUUAAAACUUAUGCCAAGAAUAGAAAAUGAGAAAACAUACUUUUCUUAAAAAUAAAGAGUCUUUGCUUAA